AUGUGUAUAUUGGAAUGUAUCCCUGCUUACCUAAUCUGUGUUCAAUUUAUUGUAGUUGUAUAUGGAAUCACUACUGGAUUUGGAAAGUUUGCUCGCACAGUAAUCCCUGUAAGUCAGCUCAAGGAUCUCCAAGUCAAUCUUGUGCGAUCCCAUUCUGCAGGUGUCGGCAAGCCUCUAAGUCCAGAUCGUACCCGCAUGCUUUUGGCUUUAAGGAUCAAUGUCUUGGCCAAAGGGUAUAGUGGCAUUUCACUUGAAACACUACAGCAAGUUAUAGAAGCUUUUAAUGCUUGUUGCUUGCCCUACAUUCCAGAGAAGGGAACCGUUGGAGCUAGUGGAGACCUUGCCCCCCUUUCACAUCUUGCUUUGGGCUUAAUAGGAGAAGGCAAGAUGUGGUCACCAAAGAGUGGCUGGGCUGAUGCUAAAUAUGUUCUUGAAGCACAUGGACUAAGACCAGUAUCGCUGAAACCUAAAGAGGGUUUAGCUCUUAUUAAUGGGACACAGAUGAUCACAUCUUUGGGCUGUGAGGCCGUGGAGAGAGCCAGUGCAAUUGCCAAGCAAGCUGACAUUGUUGCUGCUCUAACACUAGAGGUCUUAAAAGGAACUACAAAAGCUUUUGAUACUGAUAUUCAUGCUCUACGACCUCAUCCUGGACAAGUGGAGGUGGCCUUUCGAUUUAGAUCACUCCUAGAUUCUGAUCACCAUCCAUCAGAGAUUGCAGAGAGUCACAGGUUUUGUGACAGAGUCCAAGAUGCAUACACACUGCGCUGCUGCCCACAGGUACAUGGUGUGGUGAACGAUACCAUUGAUUUUGUGAAGAGCAUCAUUGCAACUGAAAUUAACAGCGCGACUGACAACCCUAUGGUUUUUGCAGCAAGAGGAGAAACCAUUUCAGGUGGAAAUUUCCAUGGUGAAUACCCAGCUAAGGCCUUGGAUUAUCUUGCUAUUGGGGUCCAUGAACUUGCCGCUAUCAGUGAGAGAAGAAUUGAAAGGCUUUGUAAUCCUUCCCUCAGUGAACUGCCAGCAUUUUUGGUAACAGAGGGUGGACUAAACUCUGGUUUCAUGAUUGCACACUGCACAGCAGCUGCACUUGUUUCUGAAAACAAAUCUUUGUGCCAUCCAUCAUCUGUGGACUCCCUUUCAACUAGUGCUGCUACUGAAGAUCAUGUAUCCAUGGGAGGCUGGGCAGCAAGAAAAGCACUUCGAGUCAUUGAACAUGUAGAACAAGUGUUGGCCAUUGAGCUACUUGCAGCCUGCCAGGGUAUUGAAUUUCUACGCCCUCUUCGAACCACAACUCCAUUGGAGAAAGUCUAUGACCUUGUCCGCUCUGUGGUCAGGCCUUGGAUGAAGGACCGUUUCAUGGCUCCAGACAUUGAAGCUGUUCAUAGAUUGCUUGUUGAUCAGAAAAUUUGGCAUGUGGCAGAACCAUACAUUGAAAAAUAUAGGAUGGAACAUAUCCCUGAAUCCAGACCAGUGUCUCCUACUGCUUUUUCAGUGGAUUCAAGGUCUCUAAGUAACUGCUCUCUGCAUGAGCACCAGGACCAUAUUGAUCAACCGGACAAUAUUGAUCACCCGGACCACAAUAAUCAUGAAUUGCAGUCCUCACUAAAUGAUUUGCGUUUAAGUCCAUAG